GAAAGACGGCUCGGUGGGGGAGGAUGGGGGGUUGUUAAUGUAGCCAAGUUCCGAGGAAUCGAGGUGGCAGCUAAAACACUGUAUGAGCAGAUCCGUUCCGACUAUUACCGACACUUGUUUAUUUGGGAGAUGAACAUGGCGGCUCGUCUGCGACAACCACACCUGGUCCAGUUCAUAGGAGCCAUGCUGGAGGGGGAGAUGAUCAUCCUGACAGAACUCAUGACCACCAGUCUGAGGAGAGUGCUGGAGGGAGGUCGUAUUUCACGUGAACACAUCCUCUCUAUCUCUGUACAGGUCUGUCAAGCCCUCAACUACCUCCACCUCAUGCAGCCAGACCCAGUGAUCCAUCGUGACAUCAGCAGUGCAAACGUCCUCCUCAACCCUCUAUCCGAUGAUUACUGGAGGGCAAAAGUCACAGACUACAGAUCGGUGAACACCCUGCGAGCACUGGCAACAGAGAACCCUGAUAACCCGGUAUAUGCUGCUCCUGAAGCAAGAAACCCGUCCCUCUAAUCUACCAAGAUGGACAUAUUCAGUCUGGGGGUGCUCUUGAUCGAGAUGUGUUCUGGCCAGUUUCCGAGCGAUGACGAACGUGAGCGCUUACUUUUCACCAUCCAAAAUCGCCAGUUCUUCGACAUCAUCAGUCGCUGUAUCAAUAGAGAGAGAGACAAUCGACCGACUGCUAGAGAACUGUUGAGUGAACUAUACAGUAGCUAAGUAUGUUUUCCUCUUUGUAUAUGCUGUUGUUUGUGUCUUAUUGUAUUUAUGUUUGUACAACUGUAUAGUUAUUGAUGGAACAACCGUCAUCUUGAAAGUACAAUCGUACAAGUUAUUUUUAUACAAGCACAAACUACAACACAGGUUGUUUGACAAAUUGAAA